UGUGAAGAAAAUGUUACUUCUCUCAUCCUUCACCACUUCGGCUCAUCCUACCCUCAGUUUCACCUUAUCCCGCCCACGCGCCGCCGCCGCUGCCGCCUCUUACACCAGAAUCACAGUUUCUGUGCUCUCAAAGUCUCGAGCCUCAGUUGCCUCUCUCCGUUGCGAGGAACAAGUGUUUGUUCCGGAGGUUGAGAAAGCGGUGGACUCGUUGUAUUCGGAGUUCCGAGCAGUGGAUAAUUUGGUGGCGCGAAACUCUGCGCGCGUGCUCAAAGCGUUUCAGAAUGCUCGUGUUGGAUCUCAUCAUUUUGGCGGCAGUACAGGAUACGGUCAUGAAGAAGCUGGUGGGCGUGAAGCCCUGGAUCAAGUCUUUGCAGAAGUUUUUGGUGCCGAGUCUGCAAUUGUUAGAGCACAGUUCUUCUCAGGUACUCAUGCAAUCACCUGUGCCUUAUUUGCUUUCUUGAGACCUGGAGAUGAGCUUCUAGCAGUUGCUGGAGCUCCAUACGAUACACUGGAGGAAGUUAUCGGAAUUAGGGAUUCCGAUGGUUUAGGUUCUUUACGAGAUUUCGGAAUAGACUAUCGAGAAGUGCCACUAGCCGAGGAUGGAGGGCUAGACUGGGCUGCCCUAAGUGUUGCCCUGAAACCUCAAACAAAAUGUGCACUCAUUCAGAGGUCAUGUGGUUAUUCGUGGAGACGCAGCUUGAGUGUAGAUGAGAUCGGAAAGGCCAUAAAGAUAAUCAAGUCUCAGAAUCCAAAUUGUCUAGUCAUGGUGGAUAACUGCUACGGUGAAUUUACGGAGAGAAUUGAGCCUCCGAUGGUGGGUGCAGAUCUAAUUGCCGGAAGUUUUAUGAAGAAUCCCGGUGGAACAAUUGCUCCAUGCGGUGGUUACGUUGCCGGAAGAAAAAAAUGGGUAGCGGCAGCAGCUGCUCGUCUCUCAGCACCAGGUCUAGGAGUUGACUGCGGUUCAACUCCAGGUGAUAUUAUGCGAAUAUUUUUCCAGGGUUUGUACCUUGCUCCUCAAAUGGUUGGGGAAGCUGUAAAGGGAAGCCUUCUGAUUGCUGAAGUCAUGGCAGGUCAAGGAUACAAGGUGCAACCAGGUUGCCGGGUUCCUCGCCAUGAUGUAGUGCAGGCGGUACAACUUGGAAGCCGUGAGCGCCUGCUUGCUUUCUGCCAAGCUGUGCAGAGAAGUUCUCCAGUUAGUUCUUUUACAAAGCCCAUAGCAGGCGCCACCGCUGGCUAUGCAUCUGAGGUGGUAUUUGCUGAUGGGACUUUUAUUGAUGGAAGUACGAGCGAACUUUCAUGCGAUGGACCAUUGCGUGAGCCAUUUGCUGUGUUUUGUCAGGGAGGCAGCCAUUGGACUCAGUGGGGACUAGUUCUAGGGGAGGUUCUAAAAGUAUUAUAGAAUACAACACAUAUCGGUUCUUUUAAUGGUGCACUCGUUCAACUUUAAUCUCACCACUCUCCAUCCAUCAACCGAUCUUGUGGCUAAUGUGAUGCUCUUGAGAGGUGGCUUCAGUCUGGCGUAAAUUCUUCAUUAUUUCUUACUGCAAACUAGUUGUUACCAGCUUUGAAUUGCACUCUGCCAUUGUUAGUCGAAAUUUUCGCGGGAAAAUUAGUAACAUGUCCGGAUAAGAGCUUUUAGAUGAGUCAAGUUUUGUUAUCUUCCAAUUUCGCGGGAAAAUUAGUAACAUGUAUUAGUUAUUACAUUUAACAGAUGCAAGUUAAAUUCUAUGGGGGGCUUUGUCGGUCAAUCAUUCAAUUCAUAUUGGAUAUAUAUGUAAUAUAUGGCCCCAUUCCCAUACCCGGUUUAUAC